AUAUCGCAGCGAACACGUGCCAUCGCAUUGUGUUUUGUUUAGGAUAGCGUUUAGUUUCAUAUAUUUACCAAAUAAAAUGGGGCAACCAAAAGCAAAACAGGACACAGCAACUGCAACUGCAACUGAAGUCAAGGAGAAGCCUGCAACGCAAGCCAAGCCGAAGACCAAGAAGUUGCCCAAACCAGAGGCGAGUAUACCGCGCGGUCAACCCAAAUCCAAUCGACCCUGGAAGACGCCCAAGCAAAAAUUCAGUAAAAUUAAGAAGACAGUGAAUCGUUUGACAUUUGAGAAGAAAGAGGCGCUGCGCAGCGAAAUGCGUUACAUUAAGGAAAAGUCCAAGGAGAUCAAGGAUCAGCGCAAGGAAGCCGCCGUUCAGCAUCAUCAGCGUCGUGUGGAAAACGCCGAACGACGUCUGGCGAACGAACGUCGCUCGGAGAUUGUGCAAGUGAUCAAGAAUCCGGCUAAACUGAAGCGUAUGAAGAAGAAGCAGAUGCGUAUGAUCGAGAAACGUGAUCUUAGCCAAGUUAAAGUGGUCUAAAAUACUUAGAUAUUAAGUUUACAUUUACUGUCUUUUUUUUAUUUCACUUUCCUGCUAAAUAAAUCUAGUUUUGUAAUAAUCAAGGAA